AUGUCAUACUCGGAAUUGGAUCUGAAGUACCCUGUGGAUAAAGAUCUUUUCGUCUUCCCCACUCUUGGCUCCUUGGGAAUCGAAUCAGACAACCCCGGUAGCCUGUCUGUGUACUUAUGUGGGAACUCAUUGGGACUCAUGCCCAAGUCCACACCUAAGGCAAUUAACGACGAAUUGAAGGCUUGGGGAGAGAGAGCUGUUGAAGCUCAUUUCAGGCAUCCUGGUGCAGAUGACGGGUUGACCUCUUGGAUGGAUAUAGAUCUCCCCGUAUUGCCUUUAUUAGCUCCAAUAGUCGGAGCUAAGGAGACCGAAGUUGCACUCUCUGGAUCAUUGACUGCAAACUUGAACUCGCUUUUGAUAAGUUUCUACAAGCCAAAGGGCUCAAAAACCAAAAUAUUGUUUGAAAAGCAUGCUUUCCCAUCGGAUUACUACGCUUUUCUCAACUUGGUUAAGUUGUUCGGUUACGACGAAUCUCAUUUGAUUCAGCUCGAAGUUCCAGAAGGCGAAACCUACUUGAAAACUGAAUAUAUUUUAAAAACCAUUGCAUCCAGAGCUGAAGAAAUCGCUAUAAUUUGCUUACCUGGUAUCCAGUAUUAUACUGGGCAAUUUUUCGAUAUCGAGACGAUUACUAAGUUUGCCCAAAAUCACAAUAUCGUUGUAGGAUGGGACUUGGCUCAUGCCGUGGGAAAUGUCCUGUUGAAGCUCCAUGAUUGGGGGGUGGAUUUCGCUGCAUGGUGCUCUUAUAAAUACUUAAAUUCUGGCCCUGGGGCAAUUGCAGGCUUAUUUGUUCAUGAAAAGUAUACAAAGAAUAACUCGAAGGACAGCUUUCCUCCAAGAUUAGCUGGUUGGUGGGGAAACAAUGCCUCUGUCAGGUUCAAAAUGUUGGAAGAGUUUGACCCCAUACAGUCUGCUUUAUCCUAUAGACAGUCAAAUCCUAGUGUCAUUGACGUUGUGAGCGUCAAAGCUUCUUUAGAGAUCUUUUCUGAGGCUGGUGGCAUUGACACUUUGAGAGAAAGAAGCUUGAAGCUCACUCAAUAUUUACAGGACCUUCUCACACAAUCGAAGUACUACUUAAAGGAUUCCCAGGACAAUAGGUUGGGAUUUCAGAUUUUGACACCAUUGAACCCUCAAGAAAGAGGUGCUCAAUUGUCGUUACUAUUCAAACCUCACUAUGAUGAUCCUAAGAAGAAUGUAAUGGAACUAGUUAUAGAAUAUUUGAGAGUGCAAGGAGUAAUCUGUGAUGAGAGAAGACCAGAUGUGAUUCGAGUGGCUCCCGCUCCCUUGUACAAUUCCUUCGAGGAUGUGUUUAAGGCAGUUUCAAAGAUAAUUGAAUGUCUAGAAGUGAUUGAAUCUUCAAAAUAG